AGGAAGGAAGGAGGGAGGGAGGAGUCCUGGGUGACAUUUCGACUGACAACGUCCAGCCUGCCUGCGUGCGUCUGACGUCAGCAAACGACGUCGAACGGGACUGUUUGUUCUGGAUUUGGGGCGAGGAAGGUCUGCGAGCUCUGACAACCGACCGAAGAAGGUGCGACACUCGGUCCUCUCUCAGUGUGUUGUCGUUUCCUUGCCCCCCCACCCACCCACCCAUCCCUACCCCCCCGUCCCCCUGCAACGUGUCACUGUCAAACCGCUGGUCUUACCUCAGGAGAUCGCUGCCUCACCAACUGAGAUAUGAUCACACAAUUGAAUUAGAUCGCGGCUGCACGGAGACAAACAUAGAGUCGAGUGAGGAGUGUAAUGGCCUGAGGGGGCUCCCCCCGGUCCCACCUGCCCCUGCCAGGUCAAAUCUGCCUAAACUGUCUGCUCAGCCACUGCGACCCACCACUGCGAUGGGAGACGGCCUGGAGGCGGGCAGCAGCCACAACCCUCCCUCUGACCCACCACCUCUCUCCUUCAACCCUCCAGCCCCCCAAUCAUGGAAUCCCUCCAGACCCAAACGACAGACCAAUCAGCUACAGUACCUACUUAAAGUAGUGAUGAAGACGUUAUGGAAACACAACUUUGCGUGGCCCUUCCAUGCUCCAGUAGAUGCCAUCAAGCUUGGUUUGCCUGACUACUAUAAGAUCAUCAAGGUCCCCAUGGACAUGGGCACGAUAAAAAAACGUCUGGAGAACAAUUACUACUGGAAUGCCCAGGAGUGUAUCCAAGACUUCAACACAAUGUUCACAAACUGCUACAUCUACAACAAGCCCGGGGAUGAUAUCGUAUUAAUGGCGGAGUCCCUGGAAAAGUAUUUUCUCCAGAAGAUAUCCGAGAUGCCGCAGGAGGAGUCGGAGAUUCCCGUGGUGUCCAAGGCACGGCGCGGCGGCAGACGAGAUAGCGGUCUGAUCUCCAAGUCAGAUUCAGGCAAAGACUCGCCGACUCCCCCCACUACACCCCACACACGAGGCUUCUCACCCCCCUCAAACCCCCUGCAGACGCAUGCCUCAUCCACCGCUCAAGGCCCUCCCGCCCUGCCUCUGGCUCUGCCUCUGGCUCUGCCUCUGGCCCUGCCUCUGGCUCUGCCUCUGGCCAUGCCUCUGGCCCUGCCUCUGGCCCAGCCUCAGCCUCAGCCUCAGCCCCCGCCCCCGCGUGUGCCUCCUACACCCACCUCCCACGCACCCCAUUUGGGACCCCCGUACCCUCUCUCAACACCAGACGUCCUGGCCCAGAGCAUGACCUCUGUUCCUCCUCUGGCCCAAACACACCCAGGCAUCCAUCCCACCCCUUUGCUGCAGAGCUCCCCUGCCCUCAUCAAGCAACGGAAGAGCCAAAAGAGGAAAGCAGACACCACCACCCCCACCGCCAACGACCAACUCAGUGAAUCAUCUCCCGUCUCUGUUGACACUCGGCCGCGCCGAGAGAGCAAUCGCCCGUUGAAGCAGGCCAAAAAAGACCCGUUGCAACCAGACUCUCAGCACCACCCGGGCGGCGGUUUGGAGACGGGAGGAAUGUCAACACCGAAGCGUCACGAACAGUUGCGUUCGUGCGCGCGCCUCGUCAGAGAGAUGCUGUCCAAGAAACACGUGUCGUACGCCUGGCCCUUCUACAAGCCUGUCGACGUAAAAGCUCUCGGUCUCCAUGACUACCAUGAAAUCAUCAAGCACCCCAUGGACCUCAGCUCCAUCAAGAAAAAGCUAGACAACAGACAGUACAGAGACGCUCAAGAAUUCGCAGCAGACGUCAGGUUGAUGUUCUCUAACUGUUACAAGUAUAAUCCACCAGACCAUGACGUGGUUUCCAUGGCGCGUAAAUUACAGGACGUGUUUGAGAUGCGUUUCGCCAAAAUGCCUGAUGAGCCAGAGGAGCCCGCCCCUGUUCCCACCCCGUCGUCGGCCCUCCACCCUGCCCCCUCCAAUCGACAAGCCCCGCCUCCUUCCAUUGUCUCGGAUGAUGACAGCUCCAGCACCUCCGAAUCGGAGUCCUCGGCGGGAGACUCAGAACACGAAAGGCAACACCGAUUGGCUGAGUUACAGGAACAGCUAAAAGCUGUCCACGAGCAGCUGGCCGCACUCUCGCAGCCGCAGGUCCUCAAGCCCAAGAAGAAAGAGAGGGAAAAGAAGGAGAAGGAGAAGGAGAAGAAGAAAGAAAAGCACAAGAAGAAGAUGGGCGCAGAGGAACCUGUGGAGGCCCCUCCGUCUGUGAUGCUUCAGACUUCCAAGAAAAGCAAGAGCAGCAAAGAGCCAAUCAUCAUAAAGAAGGACAGGAAGAAGCCCGGUAAGAAAGAAGGAGUUAAAAGCAGUCGUCCAGCUGUGCCCCCGCAGACCGGGCCAACCCCUCUCGUCCCCUCGGCUUCUCUUGAAGCAGGAGAUGACAUAGAUGUAUUCGGGGCCGUGUCCACUGACAGGUGCAAGCCGAUGUCGUACGAGGAGAAGCGGCAACUGAGCCUGGACAUCAACAAGUUGCCCGGCGACAAACUGGGCCGCGUCGUGCACAUAAUCCAGACGCGCGAGCCUUCGCUGAAGAACUCCAACCCGGACGAGAUUGAGAUCGACUUUGAGACGCUGAAGCCUUCCACGCUGAGGGAGCUGGAGAAAUACGUCUCCAGCUGCCUCAGGAAAAAGAAAAAGCCGUCAGUAGAGAAGCCUCUGGAAAUGACAAAUGUGACAAAGAUGAAGACAGGAUCUUCGUCUUCAGGCAGCAGUGACUCCUCUGAUAGUGAUGACUCUGAGAAUGGGCUGGUUCCCAAGAAGAAGAUCUUGACUAACAAGGACACCAAGAGACCGCACCACCAGUCCCUCAGUAGCAUAGCUGGCCCAGUAGCUCCUCAGCUUCAACCUCCACUGCAGCCUCAAGUGGUCCAGUCCAAACCACCGUUUGUCCCUCCUCCUCCUCCUUCUGUCCCAGUCGCCGCCCCUUCUCUGGACUCCUCCCAGCUGUUAGGCUCUGGAUUUGAUCCUCUGGCCCACUUCAUGAACCCUCACCUGACGCAGCCAAACACAGAGCCCAAUCCAACCAUUACUACUGCUGGUGCCCCCGUCGCCUCUGGCCUCCUCAAUGCAAACACACCCACUGUCCAGACACCCACUGAGACGCACCCCUUCCUAAACCAACAUCCCAUCAUACCUUCACCAGCGAUCCACAAUGCUCUUCCCCAGCAACCGCCAAGACCUAGCAACCGUGCAGCAGCACUGCCUCCGAAAAUCCCACAGCCUCCCCCGUCCUCGCUCCCCACGCUGCCUCCAUCCACCUCGCCCCAGCUUCAGCCCUCGCUCCCGCCCUCGCUCCCGCUCAGCCUCCCCCAGCCCGUCCCCCGCCCACGUGUACCUUCACCCCCGUCGCACGGCAUCCUGGGUACCCUCUCGGCGCAACCGCCCCAAGCCCUGCUGGAGGACGACGAAGAGCCGACGCCCACCAGCUCCGAUACCCCGCCCCUCAGUCAGGUCCAAUCCUUCCUGCAGUCGCUCCAAGUCCGACCCCCCGUGCAGACCCAGCCGCUGCACACGCACUCUCCCGUGCAGGGCGCCUCUCAGCUGGUGGCGUCGAUGCACAACACGCAGGCUGUGACGACACUCGCCCCCGCUCUGACACAAAGGCACAGCACAGGCCACACGCACAUGCAGCAGCCGUUCCCGAACACACACACCUCAGCGUUGCAGCAACAGAAGGGGGUGGCCCUGCAGCAGAAGGUACAGCAGAUGCAACAUCAGCAGCAGCCGUCACCACGCAGCAAAGCAGAGCAUUUCCCAACAGGCUGCCUGCGUGAGAGCCCCUCUCCCCUGAUGAUGCAUUCUCCUCAGAUGCCUCAGUUCCAUACAAUGGGACCGCAGUCUCCCCCACAGAUCAAGAAACACGACCCACGGUCAAACUUGGUGGGGGUCAAAGAAGAGAAACCUUCCCAGUCGCCAGUGCUGCCCCCCUCCCCAUUCAGCCCUUCCAUGCGUCUGGACACACACAAACCUGACAACAAACACAGAUUAGAUCUGAAGCCAUUGGAUGGUUCUCGCCCUGGUCCCCGCCUCCCAGACUCCCCGGCGCCACCCUGCUCCCAGCAAGACAACAAAAUCAAGCAAGAGCCCAAAACUCCCAUCGCUCCUAAGAAGACACAGGAUGUGAAAUUAAAGAACAUGGGUUCUUGGGCCAGCCUGGCUCAGAGGUCUCAGUCCACACCGGCGUCCGCCGUUCGCUCCUCCAGCGACAGCUUCGAACAGUUCCGACGGGCCGCCAGAGAGAAGGAGGAGAGGGAGAGACAGCUGAAAGCUCAGGCUGAACAGGCCAGGAGAGAACAAGGAAAGCUACGUAACCGUGACGACGAGGACUCCGUGGAGCAAGCUCGUCGGGCGCAAGAAGAGGCCCGCCGUCGCCAGGAGCAACAGUCGCCGCUCGCUCCAACGCCUCUUGCUUCUACCCCGCCCACUCAGUCACCGCAGGCGCCACCCAGCCAGCCACAAGCCCCGCCCCCGUCCUCGUCGGCCGCACAGAACGCUCUCGACCAGCAGAGGGAGAUGGCGCGCCGCCGCGAGCAGGAGAGGCGCAGGAGAGAGGCGAUGGCCGACACCAUUGACAUAAACUUCCAGAGUGAUUUGAUGGCUAUUUUUGAGGAGAACCUCUUCUGAGAGAGAAGAAGGGAGGAUGAUGAGGGGGACGAGAGAAGGACCUGUACACACACACAAGCAAAUUUACAAAAUGCAUAUAGACCACAAUGCUCUGAUACACAUGGUCGCUGCUCAUAUUAACGUACACACACACACACAAACACACACACACACACACAGAUACAAACAGACUUAAUAGUAACUGUCCCUUUCUCUCAGUAGUUGAAACAGCUGGCUUGUGUCAUGUGAAUGAGAGGGGGGGAAGUGACAUUGAAAAAUAAGCAACCCUCUUUCCUCCAACCUCAGAUACGUUUUGGUGUCUGGCUUGGUGUUUAUGGUUGUUGAUUCCGGGGUUCCAGGGACGACAGGUUUGGAACAAAAAAAAAAAAAAAAAAAACGGACACUGAAAUAUUGCGAUUGUCGGCUCCCUGGUCCCGUGUCAAGGAAAAAUGAGAGAGGCAGAGUUUUAAAAAAAGAAAAGGAAAAAAAAGGAGGGGGACAGAACUUUUACAUUUAUAUAAAAAAAUAAUAAUAAUAGUAUUGAAAAGGAGGAUUUAAUUUAAGAAGUUGCGUGAAAAAUUAUGAAAACCUUAUUCUCUGAUGUCUGAGAGGAGAGAAGGGGUUUUUAAAAAGGAACAAAUUACAACCGGAUAAUAGAUCACUCUUGUUUUUCUUGUUGUUUCCUCUCUCCUAAUCUUGUCUCUUUUGUUUUUUAAGUUGGAUUUUAACUGGGGGAGGAUGGGGAGGGGUGGGGGCUGGUGCGGUCUAGUUUGUCAGGUCCAGCGCAGUCGUCUUGAGAGUCGGUCGUUUUCUCAGGACACAGCAGGAACGAAAAAACACCCCCGGGCCACAUUCACACACUUCUCAAAGACAUCCUUCCUCCUUUCACUUCCUUCUACUUAUCUCUCUCUCUUCAGUCACUAAUUGUGGAGGUUGGAGGCUUUUAGAUGAUGUGACCUACAACAAGAGAGGGCGAUGAGGAAGGAUCGGUGGCGUUUUUGGAAGUUUCAGAGUGUGUCCUUUUGCCUUAGCGCUCUGGCCUGUAAACUUAAAUGAUCACACCCUACAAAUUAUACAUAUUAUAUAUAAAUAGAUACAUGAAUAUAUAUUAUAUACGACGAAACGUCAACGAAAAAGAACAUGAGAGGAAUUUGGAUUGCGGGGAGCAAAGCUCGUCUCUGUGUUCAUCUAUGAGCUCUGGUUUUGAUUUUGUAGAAUUUACUGUAAAGAAGAAAAAAAACCUUUUUUAUGAUUCUAUUGAGAGGAUUGUUUUCGUCUGUCUUAUUCUCUCUCUCAUACUUACUCUGUUUUUUGUUUUCUUGUUUUGUUUUGUUGUUUUGUUUUUUUCUCUCGACUCUAUGCCAAAACCAAUCUAUUGAGUGCUGAAAGUUCAUUCACAAUUUUUUACAUGUAAAAUGCAUCUUCUUUUCACUUUAUAUUAAAGGCUAUGUUUUUAUUGCUAUUUAAUUUUUCCUUUUAUCCCGUUUUAAAUCCGAGGUUAUGCAGCAGUUUUGCUCUGUAAUAGUUUUGAAGAAGCGGUUCCAAAUCAUUGUAUGGCACUACUUUUACUAGACCCCAUCAUUCUGUAGCUGUUUGAUCUAUCUGCACUUAACCGUUUCAUUACUUACAUCUUCUUACUCCCCUCUUAGUUUUUUUUUAACUUCCUUUCAUCAUGUACAUGUUUUUAGUCUUUCGUAGCCGUCUCGUCCACCACUAUCUUCCUCACAUCUCCUUCAGUUUGUAUAAUAGGUUCUCGUUUUGUCAUUCUGUCUUUUUAGUUUUUAUUUUUAAAAUGUUUCCGCUGUGGAUGGUGACAGUUUUUUGGGAUGUCAUGUGCCAUUGUGUUUUUUUUUUCUGGAAGCGGGACGUUUUUCCUGCUUUCUGUAGGUUGGCCCAGAGAUCCAUGAGUGUUUAUCAAUUCUAUAAUCGCUUUUUCUUUUUUCUUUUUUAAUGUCUCAUUAAUUUCUUGAUCCUUGAUCGUUUUGAGUUUAUUUUGUUUUAUUUGCUCUUUGCUAUUUUUCUCUGAUUUAUUUUAUCCAGAACAACCUGUUGGUAUGUUGGUGAGUGACGCAUUGAGGUCAAUAGAUUCAUCUUGUUCAGAAUUAUGGAGUACAACAUCUUUUUUUAAGAAAAGUAUUAAAAUAAUAUUUAAAAAACAACAAAA